AUGGAGGCACAGUUUAUUAAGAAGUUGAGAGAAAUGGGCUGUGACAGCUGCGACUGGGAGAGCACGAAAGAGGUCUUCUCCAACAUGGUGGAGGCUAGGGCAUUUCAAAAGCUCCUCUGCUUUCUCAGGUGCCAGAGAGUCAGUCAGCAAGCGGGCCGUGUUGGUUUUUCUGCCAUGGGAUGGAGCUGGAGAUAUGGGGGGAAGUGGGUUUGUCUUUGUACCUGCAUCUGACUGCAUGCUUGUUAAAUUGUCUCAUUUUUAUAUAUAUAUAUAUAUAUAUGGUUUAGAAUCCUCCCUUCUCUCUCCCUCUGUCGGAGAAGAGAACCCGAAGACUGGAGAGCUUAAAUAAAAAUCCUCCAUCCAGGUUCUUAUCUCGUUCCCACAGGGAAGCAAAUGGGACCUGAAAGGCGUAAUAAUUAAGCGAAGAGGGGUGAGGAUGGUAUAAUUUUAGCCCCAACUAGUAUAGGCAUGUCCCUGGCUGCUCCAGGCCCAAAUCAGGCCCUCUAUUAGGGAGUCCUCUCCAGUCCUCAUCCUGGUGGGAUAAAGUGCCAUUAAAGCUAUUUCCAGCACACAGAUUAUCCCCUGACCUUUGAUUCUGGCUGACCUGGGUUCUCCUGGGACUUCAGGACUUUAGAGUCAGGGUUUAGGGACUAAUUAGUUGCUAUGAGUGAGCUAAUUUUGUUUGUUUGAAGUUGGAUUGAGAUUAUAAUUUUUUUGUUGAUGCUCACUCUGUUUUCGAUCGGAACCCCUUUUUUGGGUGUUUUUCAUCACUAUGGAAAUUAGUUCUGAAAACGUUGGACUAUUUUGAGGCAAGAUCCAACAUUACGUAAGAGGUGGUUAAGCCAAAUGCACUUGAUAUGUUCGAUGCUGGAGAGUGUGUGUGUGUGUGUGAGCAAAAGAGAGAGGGCUGGAGACCUGGGAGUCUUGCUGCUUAACCAGGCUCCGGAAUCUGACACUGAUGAAGCCCCCCCCCCCUUUUAGUAAGGUGUGCAUAGCUGAGAUCCUUGGCCAGGGUGCAGACCUAAACCCCUCCACCCCACCCUACUGCUAAACCCCUGGUUAGGACAUUCCCAGAUUGGGUAGGAGGAGAGGUGGUAGAGUGGUGCCAGUCUGUGAGGGUCCGGUCCGGCAACACAGGAAAUUCCAGAGGGGUGGUGGACCUGCCACAAAUUAGCUUGCUGAGAAUGUCACCUUAGCAUGAAUCGCCUUGCUGCAAAUGAAGCCAAUGAAAGUCACCUAGUGCUGUUUAUAUAUAUAUAUAUAUAUAUAUAUAUUUAUUUAUUUAUUUAGGGAUAUCAUUUGCUAGCAUUUUUUAUAUGUUGGGCAAGAUUGGGUGUAGUCAAAAUGUAUAGGAUGGGUUGAUGGAUGACUUUCAGAUCAAGCGUAUAGCCUUUUGAAAUAUCAUGCUAUACGUUUACCCAUCAUUCUUAUACACACCAAAAUAGAUUGACAGUUUUUUCAGACAAAGCAGUAUAUCCUUUAGAAAUGCUGUUUUGACUGUACAAGUCAAGCAGAUCCAGGGCCAGUGCUGGGUGCUCUGAUCGUGAAUAGUAGAUUUAGCAUGGCUAAGCAGUACCAUGUGUUCAGUGCUGUUGGAGCGUGUAAGCGGCUGGGGGUCUGGCCAGGGUGGAGGGGGGGGGGGGGGGGGUUGUGCAGGUCUCUGUGUCAGCCCAGAGGUGGGGGGUGGUAGGGAAGGGGGUGCUGUGGCCAGACCACUGCUGACGUGAUUAACCCUGCCUUUUGGUUCUACCGCAGACGUCUCUAAGAGAUCUCUCUCUCCUUCUCUUUCUUGUUCUCCUCUUUCAAUUCAAGGGGCUUUAUUGGCAUGGGAAACAUAUGUUAUUUCUCUCUCUCAUCCUCCUUCCCUCUUUCUCUUGCCCUAUCUUUUUCUCUCUAUCACCCCUCCUCCAUCCCUCAUCCCUCCUACUCCCCUCCUUCCCCCCGGCGCUGGCUCUGUAAUGAACUCCUCUUAUUCACCGGCUAAUGACUGCCUUUGAUCUCACCGUUAAGACCUCUGCUCUAACUCUACCCUGUGGGGCUCUCUCUUUCACUCUCCCCCUUCUUUCCUCCCCCCUCUGCCCUUAAGCAGGAAAUAGGGGCAGUACUCACUGACCAAGGCUAAACAAAGUUUUGAGGUGUUUGGGGAAAGGCUGGAAGGGGAGGACAUUGAGACCUCCCUUGCGGGAAGGUGUUUUAUUUUUUUACUGCGCCAUUAAAGCCCCCAUGCAGUUUUAUUUUAUUUUACGUAUGUCUAAUAAAUCUGUUUAUUUCAUGAAAAUAACUCCAUGCCACCUGAACAAAAUAUAUUUGUAAUAAUUUAUUUCCCUGAAAUGCUCAGUCUGAUUGUGUGGGCGUGUUGAUACAAAUGUAAAUAUAUUUACAUACACAACCCUGAUUGGCGGAUAGGAUGGUCUAGACUCUAGAGCCUACCCCACUUACCCCUUCAAAGUAGGAGGAUACAUGCAGUGGGGAGAACAAGUAUUUGAUACACUGCCGAUUUUGCAGGUUUUCCUACUUACAAAGCAUGUAGAGGUCUGUAAUUUUUAUCAUAGGUACACUUCAACUGUGAGAGACGGAAUCUAAAACAAAAAUCCAGAAAAUCACAUUGUAUGAUUUUUAAGUAAUGAAUUUGCAUUUUAUUGCAUGACAUAAGUAUUUGAUACAUCAGAAAAGAAGAACUUAAUAUUUGGUACAGAAACCUUUGUUUGCAAUUACAGAGAUCAUACGUUUCCUGUAGGUUUUGACCAGGUUUGCACACACUGCAGCAGGGAUUUUGGCCCACUCCUCCAUACAGACCUUCUCCAGAUCCUUCAGGUUUCGGGGCUGUUGCUGGGCAAUACGGACUUUCAGCUCCCUCCAAAGAUUUUCUAUUCGGUUCAGGUCUGGAGACUGGCUAGGCCACUCCAGGACCUUGAGAUGCUUCUUACGGAGCCACUCCUUAGUUGCCCUGGCUGUGUGUUUCGGGUCGUUGUCAUGCUGGAAGACCCAGCCACGACCCAUCUUCAAUGCUCUUACUGAGGGAAGGAGGUUGUUGGCCAAGAUCUCGCGAUACAUGGCCCCAUCCAUCCUCCCCUCAAUACGGUGCAGUCGUCCUGUCCCCUUUGCAGAAAAGCAUCCCCAAAGAAUGAUGUUUCCACCUCCAUGCUUUACGGUUGGGAUGGUGUUCUUGGGGUUGUACUCAUCCUUCUUCUUCCUCCAAACACGGCGAGUGGAGUUUAGACCAAAAAGCUCUAUUUUUGUCUCAUCAGACCACAUGACCUUCUCCCAUUCCUCCUCUGGAUCAUCCAGAUGGUCAUUGGCAAACUUCAGACGGGCCUGGACAUGCGCUGGCUUGAGCAGGGGGACCUUGUGUGCGCUGCAGGAUUUUAAUUAAUGACGGCGUAGUGUGUUACUAAUGGUUUUCUUUGAGACUGUGGUCCCAGCUCUCUUCAGGUCAUUGGCCAGGUCCUGCUGUGUAGUUCUGGGCUGAUCCCUCACCUUCCUCAUGAUCAUUGAUGCCCCACAAGGUGAGAUCUUGCAUGGAGCCCCAGACCGAGGGUGAUUGACCGUCAUCUUGAACUUCUUCCAUUUUCUAAUAAUUGUGCCAACAGUUGUUGCCUUCUCACCAAGCUGCUUGCCUAUUGUCCUGUAGCCCAUCCCAGCCUUGUGCAGGUCUACAAUUUUAUCCCUGAUGUCCUUACACAGCUCUCUGGUCUUGGCCAUUGUGGAGAGGUUGGAGUCUGUUUGAUUGAGUGUGUGGACAGGUGUCUUUUAUACAGGUAACGAGUUCAAACAGGUGCAGUUAAUACAGGUAAUGAGUGGAGAACAGGAGGGCUUCUUAAAGAAAAACUAACAGGUCUGUGAGCGCCGGAAUUCUUACUGGUUGGUAGGUGAUCAAAUACUUAUGUCAGGCAAUAAAAUGCAAAUUAAUUACUUAAAAAUCAUACAAUGUGAUUUUCUGGAUUUUUGUUUUAUAUUCAGUCUCUCACAGUUGAAGUGUACCUAUGAUAAAAAUUACAGACCUCUACAUGCUUUGUAAGUAGGAAAACCUGCAAAAUCGGCAGUGUAUCAAAUACUUGUUCUCCCCACUGUAUGCAUUGGUCCAGAAUAAUCAGAUCGUGAUGUCAUGCUGUGGGCCAAAAACUCCAUGCCACCUGAACAGGCUGAAAUUACAGGUGUUUUUCCUCCCCUCCAAAAUCUCUUACACUAAAAGGGCAUUAUAAUUUUCACAAUUUCAGUCUUAUUUCGACCUCAUGGAAAUAUAAUUAAAAACAGGAAAAUUGUGACUGCACCGGCUCUUUCAUCUUACCAGCUCCUGUGUGUGUGUGUGUGUGUGUGUGUGUGCUACACAAAUCCCCAAACGGCCGUACCCUUGUCAUUUGAGAGAGGGCCGGGACUUGAUUUAGCGCUGGAAAACUCUGGAAAUGCUAGCUGCUAACUGACUUGAGGAAAGGUAAUGUAAUGCCUUAUCUAACGUGCUUCUCUCUCUCCCCCCUCUCCAGUCCAAUAAGGUUCCGGUGGUGCAGCCGUCGCAUGCGGUCCAUCCACUCACCCCUCUCAUCACGUAUAGCGACGAACACUUCGCCCCGGGACCCCACUCCGGACACCACCCCCAGGACGUCAACCCCAAACAAGGUAGGCAAUGCCCCGCUCCACUCCAAUCACUAAACCAGUGGACAUCAUUAACCAUGAUAGUCCCACUAAGCACAAACCAGAUUGGAUGGCGUAUCGCUGCAGAAUGCUGUGGUAGACAUGCUGGUUAAGUGUGCCUUGAAUUCUAAAUAAAUCACAGACCGUGUCACCAGCAAAGCACCCCCACACCAUAACACCUCCUCCAUGCUUUACGGUGGUAACUACACAUGCAGAGAUAAUCCGUUCACCCACACUGCAUCUCACAAAGACACGGCGGUUGGAACCAAAAAUCUCCAAUUUGGACUCCAUUGCUCGUGUUUCUUGGCCCAAGCAGGUCUCUUCUUAUUGGUGUCCUUUAGUAGUGGUUUCUUUGCAGCAAUUCAACCAUGAAGGCCUGAUUCACACAGUCCCCUCUGAACAGUUGAUGGUGAGAUGUGUCUGUUACUUGAACUCUGAAGCAUUUAUUUGGGCUGCAAUUUCUGAGGCUGGUAACUCUAAUGAACUUAUCCUCUGCAGCAGAGGUAACUCUGGGUCUUCCAUUCCUGUGGCGGUCCUCAUGAGAGCCAGUUUCAUCAUAGCGCUUGAUGGUUUUUGCAACUGCACUUGAAGAAACUUUCUAAGUUCUUGAAGUUUUCCGUAUUGACUGACCUUCAUGUCUUAAAGUAAUGAUGGACUGUCGUUUCUCUUUGCUUAUUUGAGCUGUUCUUCCCAUAAUAUGGACGUGGUCUUUUACCAAAUAGGGCUAUCUUCUGUAUACCCCCCCUACUUUGUCACAACACAACUGAUUGGCUCAAACACAUUAAGAAGGAAAUAAAUUCCACAAAUUAACUUUUUAAGAAGGCACACCUGUUAAUUGAAAUGCAUUCCAGGUGACUACCUCAUGAAGCUGGUUGAGAGGAUGCCAAGAGUGUGCAAAGCUGUCAUCAAGGCAAAGGGUGGCUAUUUGAAGAAUCUCAAAUAUAACAACUAUUUUGAUUUGUUUAACACUUUGUUGGUUACUACAUGAUUCCAUAUGUGUUAUUUCAUAGUUUUGAUGUCUUCACUAUGAUUCUACAAUUAAAAAAAUAGUAAAAAUAAAGAAAAACCCUUGAAUGAGUAAUAUGUCUCAUGUUUUGAGGGAGCAUGCAAUUGGCAUGCUGACUGCAGGAAUGUCCACCAGAGCUGUUGCCAGAGAAUUCAAUGUUCAUUUCUCUACCAUAAGUCGCCUCCAACGUCGUUUUAGAGAAUUUGGCAGAACGUCCAACCAGCCUCACAAUAGCAGACCACAUCCGGCUUCUUCACCCGCGGGAUCGUCUGAGACCAGCCACCCGGACGGCUGAUGAAACUGUGGGUUUGCACAACCGAAGAAUUGUCAGAAACCGUCUCAGAGAAGCUCAUGCAGUUCCGCAUUGGAACCAACUUCAGUGGGCAAAUGCUCACCUUCGAUGGCCACUGGCACGCUGGAGAAGUGUGCUCUUCACAGAUGAAUCCCGGUUCAUCUGUAUCGGGCAGAUGGCAGACUACAUGUAUGGCGUCGUGUGGGCGAGCGGUUUGCUGACGUCAACGUGUGUGCCCCAUGGUGGCGGUGGGGUUAUGGUAUGGACAGGCAUAAGCUACGGACAACGAACACAGUUGCAUUUUAUCGAUGGCAAUUUGAAUGCACAGAGAUACUGUGACAAGAUCCUGAGGCCCAUUGUCGUGCCAUUCAACCGCCGCCAUCACCUCAUGUUUCAGCAUGAUGAUGCAUGGCCCCAUAUCGCAAGGAUCUGUACACAAUUCCUGGAAGCUGAAAAUGUCCCAGUUCUUCCAUGGCCUGCAUACUCACCAGACAUAUCACCCAAAAGAGCAUGUUCGGGAUGCUCUGGAUUGACGUGAAUGACAGCGUGUUCCAGUUCCUGCCGAUAUCCAGCAACUUCACACAGCCAUUGAUGAGGACUGGGUGAACAUUCCACAGGCUACAAUCAACAGCCUGAUCAACUCUAUGCAAAGGAGAGGUGUCGAACUGCAUGAGGCAAAUGGGGGUCACACCAGAUACUGACUAGUUUUCUGAUCCAUGCCCCUACUUUUUUUUUUAAGGUAUCUGUGACCAACAAAUGCAUAUCUGUAUUCCCAGUCAUGUGAAAUCCAUAGAUUAGGGCCUAAUGAAUUUAUUUCAAUUGACUGAUUUCCUAAAAUGAACUGUAAAUCAGUAAAAUCUUUGAAAUUGUUGCAUAUUGCGUUUUUUAUAUUUUUGUUCUGUGUAGUAAAGAUAUUCACAUCACACUGUAUUCAUCACUACCCAUCUCCACAGAGGCAUGAAGCCAAAGCUAUUCCUCUGAGGGAAAUGUAACAUAAGUUCACCCAACCACCUACACAAGGUGGUUAGGUGACGAUCUGUCUCAGAGAAAGAAAACUAGAACACAUUCCUCCACACGGCGUACUGCAUCUCCCCACCUACCUGCAUAAAGCAGACAGCUCCUCAGACAAGGCAAGGCAGUCGGCUUUACCGCACUGCUGAAAACCUCUUUCUCUCUUCAUUUUCCUCCCUCCAUUCGUCACCCUAUAUCUGACACUCUUUCUCUCGCUCUCUCUUUCUGUCUGUCUGGGUAAAAACGUCAAGGUAAAAUCCCUGACAGGCGCUAGAGCACAAAGGCAGUUGGAAAGCCCAGGCACGGUCAGGGUGAGACUUUGGCAGAGGUUCAUAGGCCUUGUACUGGUCUGGCCCCGGCCCUCCAUAUGCGCUCCCCUCCCCUCUUCUCCUCCCCUCUUCCUUCCGGCUGCAACGCAACAGCCCCCCCUCCUCCACUUAAAAGCAGGAGGCAGACCAGACAGGAUGCGAUGUGUGAUGACGAGGCAGUUGAGUAAAUAAUCCAAUAUGGCCACCGUACACCAGAUCCAUCCAGACAUCGUAGUGAUCUUAUGUACCUGUACACAGCAGGACAACUGAAUAGGGGAUUUAGUGGGAACUCACAUUUGAAAGCCUACAUUUGCUCCAGAAAGUCAUUCACUUCCCUUGUAGCUACAGGAUUUCUUUACAAUAAUGCUUUCCAGAGUGCUCCGUUUUUACAUUUUGGUCCUCACUUACAGUCCUCAUACAUUUUGGUGUGAGUAGUCCCCAGGGAUUGAGUAUGAGGGUUGAUGAUAAACAUAGCAGAGAAUGGAGUUAUAUGAAGAAACCGCUGGAGGAGAUCUGAGUUUAAAUCGAUCCACACACUCCCAUAGCCUGGACUGGUCCAUGUAGAAGAGAUCUGCUAGAUCAAUUAGCUAUAAAUUAAGUCCCCUGGCAUUUCCAGACCUAGAUACUGUAAAAGAGCUAAAGAUAUGUAGGAAAGAGAGGGUAGUCUCUAUCCAUCUCUCUUUCUCUCGCUCUUUCUAUCACACUUUUGCCUAUUCGUUCUCUGUGUUAUAUAUAUAUAUUUUUCAUCAGCCACUCGGCUCGCUACACUCCAUAGCGGGAUCAGGACUUUGAUCUUCUCAUUAAUCAUUUUAAAAAAUCAUGGAUGUUCUCAUUAUGGGCCCUAAUAAGCUCUAAUAUGUGCCGGGCGGUAACGCCGGAUCGAAGGUCGAACUCCAGAGCCCUUUGAACAUGCAGAUUUCAGACUUCACAUUGUAAUUUACAAUGAAAAAAUGAAACACUUAAAAUAUAAUAUUUUAAUAUGAGAUCAUAUAUUGGAAUACAAGGUAUGUCUAGAUUUGGAUAAGGGUAUGAAAAUGUUUGAGGUAGUGUUUUCUGAGAAGCAAGGCUAGGAGGGUAAAAUGGUGUGAAGCGUGUUGAUGUUAGCGAGUAAUUACACACCUUUUUAGUGCUUUGAGUUGGUGUUAACACUGAGCUCCCCUCCCUCCGUCUCCAUCUCUCUCCCUUCCCUCCUGACUUUCCUAUCCUUCUCACUUUCCCUCCACCCUUUGCUCCUUACAUCUCCCAUUCCUCUCUCUCACUCUCCCCUUCCUUUCACUCCCUCCCUUUCCUCCCAUCCCUCCCUAGUGCCCUACAGAGCACCCUGAGACUGGGGUGGUGAAUAAGUGGGCUGGGGGUGCUGGAAUCCAGCGUUGCUACAGUGGCUUUGGAGAUAAGCCUCCUCUCUCUGCCCCUCUGAGGGAGUUAGACCCCUUUUAGACUGCAGCCUGAGAAGAAAGAGGGAGGGGGAUGGAGAGAAGGGGUGAGGGAGAAAAGCCUGGAUCCAUCUGGGAUUAGGAGAUGGUGUUAAUCUGGAGGCACUUGCCUUUUCUUCUGUCUGUCUCUCUCUCUUCUGUCUGUCUCUCUUCUGUGUCUCUCUCCUCUGUGUCUGUCUCUCCUCUGUGUCUGUCUCUCUUCUGUCUCUGUCUCUCUUCUGUCUCUGUCUCUCCUCUGUGUCUGUCUCGCUCUGUCUCUCUCUGUGUGUGUGUAUGUCACUGCAGGGCCUUCUACACGGGCCUACACAGCACACCUUCACUAUAGCUCCCAGUCUGACAUAUCCAUUUACUAGGGACCUUCAUUUCCUUCACCCUCCCCUCUUCCCUCUCUCCGUCCCUCCAUUCCAGUUUAACUUCUCUCCAGCCUCCACAACAAGCGGAGGGAGGCUGAGAGUCCUUGACCUUGAAGCCCAAGAGGCCUAGCGUUGAUGAAGAGCGGGAGAGCUUAGCUGUGUUGAGGAGCCAGUGACAGUACAGAGCCCCAGUGAAUGCUGUCUGCAGGGAGCGUUACAAGAAGCACAGAGAGACGGGCCUUAAUGAACACUGAUCCACUUCUAGAGAGACGGACUGGAGGGCUACAUGGGGGCAAAUGUGAACCUUUCUGUGUCUAUUAUUAUAAUAAUACACACUUGGCACACCGCCACACACACGUACAGUUCAUACACUGAAUUCCAACACCGCAUGGCACAGAUGUCCUUGUCAUGUCAGUGACAUGCAGGAUCAAACCAUUCAAAGAUGCUGGAAUAUCAUUGGGUGGUUACCCUUCAUUCACGGUUAUAUUAUAUGUUCUACCAAAUAAUGUACGGUAUCAACAACAAUAUGGUAAAAACACUCUAUGGAACAACGUUUCAACAACGUGUUAUCUUCAUGGUCGGGUCAUUGAAUGCAUGUUCUGUUCCUUCUCAUACAGGACAGUACCACUCAUCCUGUCUCUCUACAGGCAUGCAGCGCCAUCACCCCGGGCCGGACAUGACCAACUUCUACCCCCUCUCCCCUGGAGGAGUGGGACAGAUCACGCCCCCACUGGGAUGGUACGUUUAGGAUGACACACACACAACCACCCAUUCAACAGGUGAAGAUUGAGACAAACUAUAUACAGUACUGUACAUGUGGAUCCAUUGAGAAGGAUGAUCCUACAGACAGACAGGCACACAGAGGGGAAAUCCAGGCCCUGGACUCUCUCAUUAGGGCUGUGAACCACACUGGUUCUCUCUGUGCCCAGCACAUGUCAAACAGGCCAGUCCAUCGGACCGCCCCAUAUGUGCUCUCGCAUAUUCAUGUCUAUUUAGCUGCUCAAAAGGCGCCCUGUGUCAGCGGCUCCCUCUGAGCUGCACUAUGUUAGUAGCUCUCGUAUGAGGCCUCACUCUGGAUCUCUCUUUCCUUCUCAUUUAUCUUCCUCUCUCUCCCCCCUUUUCUGGUUGGUAUGUGUCAGGACAGUGCUGGUAUAGACAGGAGAGGCUUUGGACCCAGAUGAUUUCCUCAAACCUCCCCCCUCCUGUAUUUUCGUUGAAUAUCUAUUAACUCUUAUUUCACCUAGUGUGAGUAUGUUGGGGAGAGAGAGGACGAGGUUCUAAAGUUAAUGCAUGGGUUCUUGUUCCAGGUUCUCACACCACAUGGUCCCGGGUCCCCCAGGCCCUCACGCCACAGGGAUCCCCCACCCGGCCAUCGUCAACCCCCAGGUCAAACACGAGCCCCAGCACGACAACGACCUGAUGCACAUGUGAGUCCCCCAAACAGUGGCCCUUUCUGGGUCCGCUUCACACAGGGCCAGCCGUGAGUAGAGUGUAGAUCAAACAAACACUCACGCCUCCCUCUCCCCUGUUACACUGAAAACACACGUUCCUACCAAAACACACCUCACUAUUCUACUCCUCCUCAUGGUAUUAGCAGCACAUUCAGAGUUCAGGAUACUUCCAGGUAUUUGGUGACUCAACCACAUGUCCCAACAACGCAGCAGUCCAACCUCCCCUCCCUCCUAUCACCUUGAUGUGAGUAGAUAAGCAACAAGGGCCUCACAGAGCUGAUAAGGGCCCCACCACGCAUCAUUUGGCCCCUGGCAUCACAACAUGCAUACCAACAGACACACACACACACAGAGACGCACACAGACAGACGCACACACCACACACAGACACACAUCAAGGUCCUGUGCCGCUGGGGCUACUAAGCGAUUGGCAGUGUGUGUGCUGGGGGGGGGAAAGGUUUGGUUGCCAUUACUGGUGAAGUAAUCGCUCUCUCCGCUUGAAAGCGCCAAGACUGUAUGACUGUACAUGAUUAAAGACUCCUGGCAUCGCGGAAACCCCUUGCACGCACGCACCCUCGCUCCCAAUUGGCUGAGGCGAAACAGACCCCUCGCCGUUUGUUCUCACACUCCAGGAGGCCCAGUUUCUCCAUCGCAACCCUCUUUUCUUUUUUAUCACCGCCGCUGUUCCCUCCUCCUUCUUUACCUCGCUCCCUUGUUCUUUUCUCGCCAAUUGUUUUGCCAGGAAGCCUCAGCACCAGGACCAGAGGAAGGAGCAGGAGCCCAAGAGACCCCACAUCAAGAAGCCGCUGAACGCCUUCAUGCUGUACAUGAAGGAGAUGAGGGCCAACGUGGUGGCAGAGUGCACGCUCAAGGAGAGCGCCGCCAUCAACCAGAUCCUGGGACGGAGGGUACGUAUGGUGAAGGGGAGAACCCAUGUUUAGAGCACCCCCACCUGGGGUGGAGAACGGUUAACCACCCCCUUGUCUGAAACCUUUAGUGUGAUGGUGAUGGCCAGGGUAGUGUGCUAGGGGAAUGGCCAUAAGCCACCAUUUUGGGUUCUUCUGUAAACCAAAACCACCUGACAGCAUCUCUCGUUCAGCUAGAGGGCUUCCAGAUCAUAGAAAUGGAAUCCAUAGAGCGGGUCUCCCCAUGCAAAUCAUGGAGAGUGUAAUGAUGUGGUGUAAUAAUGUUAUAUGAUGUACUGUUUUAUCUUUUGUUUUAUAUGUAAUGUAAGUGCCUUAAUGUGUUUGGACCCCAGGAAGAGUAGCUGCUGCCUUGACAACAGCUAAUGGGGAUCCCUAAUAAAUACAUAUACAAAUGAUGGCAUAAUGGGUUGACUGGUUAGAGGUUCCAAGCCCUUUCUAUGGAUUCUCUUUCUAUGUUUGAGAUCUUCCUUCAACUCUUCUACAUCAAGGUCCUUCAAGGGACUAAUCAUGAUGACCAUCUCUUUGUCCGAACCUGUUACUUUCCCUCAUCAGGCGGAUCCACUUUCUGCCUGACUGACUAGCGGACGUUUUAACCAAAUUGACUUUUUAUAAAAACUUGCCGUAGAUAAUAAUAGUGUGGUUUGGAAAUGACAAUGUGUUCCUUUUUGAGAAUUGGGGUAGAAGAAAGAAAGAAACUGAAUGAGAAAGAGACCGCUAGAACAUGUUUAAAACCUUAACACAAAGCCUUUUUGGUUGGGGCAGCCAGCCACAGCAAAGCUCCGUUUGCGGCCUUUGUUCAGUAAUUGCCCGCUGACAUAGUUUGAAGCAAAAGCGCCACUAAAUUGGAACCAGUGUUUUGAUAUGAAAUCAAAGUAUUUUUUUUUUCUCUCUUUCCCAUAUGUUAAUCUCUUCAUCAUGUUCGCCCUUUUUUAUAUUUUUUUUUUACCAAACGUUUGUACGUUUUAUAAAGGAAUAGUUUUUCUGCACCAAAACACUAGCACCCGUGUCUUUGGAGGGGACAUGAAAGUGCAUACCAGUAAUUGACUGUGUGCUGUUGUACCUUUUUUUUUUUUCUCUCUCCUUGUUUUGUAACCUCCCUCCACGUACUGAAACAGUGGCAUGCUUUAUCCAGAGAAGAGCAAGCUAAGUAUUACGAAUUAGCCCGCAAGGAACGGCAGCUCCACAUGCAGCUCUACCCAGGCUGGUCUGCCAGAGAUAAUUAUGUAAGUAUCAUACGGAAACAGAUUGGCAGCGGAGAGUGUGUGUGUGUGUGUGUGUGUGUGUGUGUGUGUGAUUUGUCAACUGUGAUUUUAUUUUUCUGACCGGGGUUCAAAUAAUAUUUGAAAUUUUUCAAUUACUUUUGAGUGUUUGUUUGAGUCUGCCUGACGUGCCAGAUGAGCAGGGUUUGCACUUUUGGGGCUGUUCCAUUGGUCACAUUUAGCCAGUCAAGCUUGAUCAGGCACCACUAAAAUAUUUCAAGUAUUUCAAAUAUUAUUUGUACCCAGGCCUGUUCAGUUUUGAUGUAGGCUAAUUGUUGUUUAUGAAUUUCAGGACAGUAGCUAGUAUUCUUUGUUAGCUUUAUUAACACAAUGCUAGCUACAACAUUCUAAUAAACAUUAGCCGUUUCCAUGAUAAUGGUGUCCAUUUUUAGCUGCUAUGCUACAGCCUAAUGUGUAAUUCAUAGCACUCUAAUUCCAUGCUAUUAUUACCAGCACAAUGGAUUGUAGUAUGAGACUCCGUAUUAUACGACACUGAGAAUAGUGGCCUGUGAUGGUGCUGCCAGUCUUUGAUGUUCCGUAUCAACAUGGAAGCCUUGGAUAUGUAAACAGAGUUGAUGCCCCUGCCAGGAGCGUAGACACUUAGAGUGACGAGUAGAUUGCUGUGUGAUUUUCAGAUGGCACAGCAACAAGGGGUGUGUGUGUGUGUGUGUGUCAGGGCACCUGUUAUGUUAGUGUCCUGUUCAUCUGUGUGUGUCUGUUCCGUGUGUGUGUGUGAGACCGUUCCGUGUAUGUGACUGUAUGCUAGCGCCUGCCGUUGUUAAAAAGUGUGGCUCCAGCACUCACUUUCACUCCACCACCACAGGGGCUCUUUGUAGUGGUCAUCUGCCUCCUCUCUGGACAGCCCCGCACAGCACCUCUCACCUUCUGCCUCCGUCGCCCCGCCGCCACCACACCAUGCUGGGGGAAACACUGCAGGACAGGACGGUAUAGGGCAGGACAAUCCAGUACAACACAGUACAGACUUUAGUCUCCUUCCAUGUCAACUCCUAGCCCUUACCCUAUUGGUGUUGACAGAUCUGAUAGGCUAAAGCAAUAAGCCAGGAAGUAGAGGAUGACCUCAUGGUCUGAUGGCCUCUACCACUGUAUGUGUCUCAUAGAGAGAAGCUUUGCUCGCACACAUCCAUUCCAUCAUAACACACACUUAACACCAAGCACCCCUCCAACAUAAACUAAGCCCUUCAUAGUACUGUACCACACACACUGUCAUAACUACUGUACACAUCACCUGCCCCCCUCCCCCUCCCUCCCUCUCUCCUCUCUCUGUCUGCCACAGCGGUGUGAGAGGAACCCAGAUUAGCUCAUCAUAAAUAAGUGGAUUAGUAGACUUUGCAGCAGGAAACCAAAGUGCUGCUCAUAUUUGACUAGAAUGACUGUUACGCCACUAUCUCUACCUAUAGUCCCCCUCCCUAGGGGAUUUGGCUAUAAGCUAUAAAUCCAUACACACUUACUCACAGUGGAGCUCAGUGAUCAGUGCUCACUGGAGGGGGGUUGACUGACGCUCUCCAUGGUAAUCAGUCGAGGACCAGCUCUCCCAAGUAAUAUUUAGCAUUUUUUAUGUUUUAAUUACAUAUUGAUGUUUGGUACUAGGAGACUGAAAAAGACUACAUACGCUGCUGUUGCUUCUACACUUGAAGUCUUUAUAUAAGUAUGGUGAUGGAUGUUGUUUUGUUCAUGAUAGGUUGUUAGAGAACACACACUGAUACAGGUGAGGAGAGGACAGCCAAGUUUGCUACCUGCUCCGAUUGGAAGGCAAGGAUGGGGUUCAAAACCUAACAUUCUGGAAUGGAUCCUACCAAACAUGUCUAUGUUAAUAGUUUGUUAGAGAGCACACUAUACUGAAGCCAGGUGCGGAGAGGACAGAGACAGCCAGCUCUCAUAGGCAGGGAGUAAAGACGGUCAGCCCCUCUGACCAAUCCCAGCGUGGUGAUUGGCUGCAGGCCCAGAGAGCGAGGGGUGCUGGUUGGCUGCCCGGCGGGGGAUGAGUGAACAGGGCAAACGGCAGCAGGACUAAGCGUGGUGGAGGGAGGGUGAGUGCUGGAGCCACACUUUAAGCGUUCACCUCGAUAUUUUCUAGGGAAAGAAGAAGAAGCGGAAGAGGGAGAAGAUCCAGGAACCGGCUGCAGGUAACCAACCCCUUCCCCUUUCCCUUCCUCUCUUUCCCCUCUUUCUCUCCCCCUCUCUCUCCCCCUCUCUUUUCCUCUCGAUUUGUUGUUCUGUGAGAUGAUGAGUGUUCAGUUUGUCCUUUACAAACUCUCCAUGCGGUCUCUCUUGUGUCCGUCUCUCACACUAGCCUAAGUCAUUUUAACACAAACAUGCACCACAAGCAAUAAAAGGUCUUGUCACUCUGAAACAGGCCCCUGUAAUGCUGACAUAAUCAGAACCAGGUGUUGUGCCAUGCUUGUCACACAGUAUUGGGAAAGCUAUAGCCGCAUUUCCCUAGAAAUAACCAAUCAAGAGGCCCCACUUUGACCAUGUGGCUAGUUUCACCUGGAUUAUGCAUGAAACGUUUCAGCCCCGUCCACCCAUAACCACCCUUCCCCCUCCUCCCUCUCCAGACCCCCAUAGAACUCCAUUCGACCCCUCCGCCCUCACUAGAGUGGGCUUUCAGAACCACCAUGCAGGUACCAGUGUCACUCAACCUGCACCUCUCCUUUGUACUCCAUCCCUCUCUCCUUUCUCCAUCCCUCUCUCUCACCCCCCCCCCCCCCUUCCCUCUCCACUCCACCUACUUUGGGAUUAGUCUGUAAAUGCUGGUUGACUUAACUGCUCUCUGUGCUUUGCACUUUAUUGGUCUAGCUGCUGUAUGUCACUACCACCGUGCUCUUAGCUUAAAGCUCUGUGUAAACACUGCACCGUUGUGUAGGAACCUAUAGGGGGGGAAAUAUAUAUUUAGAAAUCAUGUAGACCACGUGCUAUAUUACCAUUUAGAUGCCUAUUAUCAAUUUGCUUCUACAUCUGCAUUGCUUGCUGUUUGGGGUUUUAGGCUGGGUUUCUGUAUAAGCAUUUGGUGACAUCUGCUGAUGUAAAAAGGGCUUUAUAAAUACAUUUGAUUGAAUUUCUGCUUUAGUUUGUGGUGAGGCGUUCCAUUAGCCCAGUUGGCUCUCUUUUCCUCAGCUGGACAUGCCUUAUGUAAAGACAAACAUGUUAAAAGAUGCCAUUUUCUGCAGGUACAGGCCAGAGAAUGAAAACGGCGUACAUCUGAGCAUAAAUGGUAAGACAACCCCCCCCCCCCCCCCCCCACCUCCUCUCCAGUCAUGCCUGUCUGGUCUGGUAGUAUGUAUCAAGCCUUGUAUACUGUUCACAGACUAAUCCUAAAGGGUCCACCCUAAACUCACCAUGGUCAUUGUGUCAAUCAGUGGAGGCUGCUGAGGGGAGGACGGCUCAUAAUAAUGGCUGGAACGGAGUGAAUGGAAUGGCUUCAAACCAUAUGUUUGAUGUAUUCGAUACCAUUCCGCUCCAGCCGUUACCACCAGCCCGUCCUCCCUAAUUAAGGUGCCACCAACCUCCUGUGGUGUCAAUGGUGUUAAGUCUCAAGGAGUGAGAUGUGUGUGAUUGUGUUCUGGGUGUAUAUUGACCUGGGCACUCCAAUGGCAGUCUUUUGUCUGGUUAGUGAGAUGAUCAUCUGAAUCCACUGUGUGAAUGUUGCAGUGCAUGGCUGAGAAAUUGUUGUUGAGUCCUUUCUUAAAUUCAAACUGAUGCCCUUUAUUAGAUGUAACUCAAACACGAAAAUGGACAAAGUGCUCUGCAUUAUCUAAAACGUAAAAAACACAGCUUUUUUUUCCUAGUCUGACGUCUUCAUAGCAGCAGAUAUUCCUGGAGGAGUGGGAGGUUCCGUCCCAAAUGGCACCCUAUUCCCUACAUAGUGCACUACUUUUAACCAUACCCCUAUGGGCACUGGUCAAAAGUAGUGCACUAUAUGGAAUAGGCUUCCAUUUGGGACGCAUGCAGCCUAGGCCCAGAUGGUCUGCAUGUUUUCUGUUCUACCAACACUGAAUGGAGACUAGACCUUCCAGACUACAUCUGGGAUCAGAAGGCUAUGAAACACCACGCUCCACUAGAACACUGUCAAAUCACAUAGUUUGAUAGAGAUUUGUUGGCGGUUUGGUGUGAAGUGUGGAUGGUCCUGCUGUGCUGUACGAGCACUAUAACACACAAAGCACGACGUAAUCAGUCAAAUGUUCUGGGGUUUAUUUGGUUGGGGUUGUUCUUUGUGAAAAGGUAAGUUGUGACAAGCGACAGUAACAGACAAACAUGUAGGGCUCUUGUACCAAAGUGUCACCAAGUUUUGAAAGGGGUGAAAUGAGUGCAUGCACUCCAUUAGAUCUUUCUACCAUUAGAUAUCUCUCUCUCGGUCUGAGGUUAGUCUUAUAGCAUCCUGCUGUGCACAUUUUUAUAGCAUCCUCUCUCUCUCAAUUCAAUUUAAGGGCUUUAUUGGCAUGGGAAAUGUAUGUUAACAUUGCCAAAGCAAGUGAAGUAGAUAGUAAACAAAAGUGAAAUAAACAAUAAAUAUUUACAGUAAACAUUACACUCAGAAGUUCCAAAAGAAGAAAGACAUUUCAAAUUUCAUAGUAUGUAUACAGUGAGGGGAAAAAAGUAUUUGAUCCCCUGCUGAUUUUGUACGUUUGCCCACUGACAAAGACAUGAUCAGUCUAUACUUUUAAUGGUAGGUUUAUUUGAACAGUGAGAGACAGAAAAACGCAUGUCAAAAAUGUUAUAAAUUGAUUUGCAUUUUAAUGAGGGAAAUAAGUAUUUGACCCCUCUGCAAAACAUGACUUAGUACUUGGUGGCAAAACCCUUGUUGGCAAUCACAGAGGUCAGACGUUUCUUGUAGUUGGCCACCAGGUUUGCACACAUCUCAGGAGGGAUUUUGUUCCACUCCUCUUUGCAGAUCUUCUCCAAGUCAUUAAGGUUUUGAGGCUGACAUUUGGCAACUCGAACCUUCAGCUCCCUCCACAGAUUUUCUAUGGGCUUAAGGUCUGGAGACUGGCUAGGCCACUCCAGGACCUUAAUGUGCUUCUUCUUGAGCCACUCCUUUGUUGCCUUGGCCGUGUGUUUUGGGUCAUUGUCAUGCUGGAAGACCCAUUUUCAAUGCCCUGGCUGAGGGAAGGAGGUUCUCACCCAAGAUUUGACGGUACAUGGCACCGUCCAUCAUCCCUUUGAUGCGGUGAAGUUGUCCUGUCCCGUUAGCAGAAAAACACCCUCAAAGCAUAAUGUUUCCACCUCCAUGUUUGACGGUGGGGAUGGUGUUCUUGGGGUCAUAGGCAGCAUUCCUCCUCCUCCAAACAUGGCGAGUUGAGUUGAUGCCAAAGAGCUCAAUUUUGGUCUCAUCUGACCACAACACUUUCACCCAGUUCUCCUCUGAAUCAUUCAGAUGUUCAUUGGCAAACUUCAGACGGCCCUGUAUAUGUGCUUUCUUGAGCAGGGGGACCUUGCGGGCGCUGCAGGAUUUCAGUCCUUCACGGCGUAGUGUGUUACCAAUUGUUUUCUUGGUGACUAUGGUCCCAGCUGCCUUGAGAUCAUUGACAAGAUCCUCCCGUGUAGUUCUGGGCUGAUUCCUCACCGUUCUCAUGAUCAUUGCAACUCCACGAGGUGAGAUUUUGCAUGGAGCCCCAGCCCGAGGGAGAUUGACAGUUAUUUUGUGUUUCUUCCAUUUGCGAAUAAUCGCACCAACUGUUGUCACCUUCUCACCAAGCUGCUUGGCGAUGGUCUUGUAGCCCAUUCCAGCCUUGUGUAGGUCUACAAUCUUGUCCCUGACAUCCUUGGAGAGCUCUUUGAUCUUGGCCAUGGUGGAGAGUUUGGAAUCUGAUUGAUUGAUUGCUUCUGUGGACAGGUGUCUUUUAUACAGGUAACAAGCUGAGAUUAGGAGCACUCCCUUUAAGAGUGUGCUCCUAAUCUCAGCUCGUUACCUGUAUAAAAGACACAUGGGAGCCAGAAAUCUUUCUGAUUGAGAGGGGGUCAAAUACUUAUUUCCCUCAUUAAAAUGCAAAUCAAUUUAUAACAUUUUUUACAUGUGUUUUUCUGGAUUUUUUUGUUGUUAUUCUGUCUCUCACUGUUCAAUUAAACCUACCAUUAAAAUUAUGGACUGAUCAUUUCUUUGUCAGUGGGCAAACGUACAAAAUCAGCAGGGGUUCAAAUACUUUUUUCCCUCACUGUAUAUAAAUAUAUACACAGUGUUGUAACAACAAUGUGCAAAUAGUAGUUAAAGUCUCUCGCUCUCUGGCAAAUCUUAUAACGAAAUCAAACCCUGAACCAGACAAAGAUUUUCCGCUUGAUUGAUUCUUGACCGGUGGCUCCCCCUGUGAACCUAAAUUGGACCACUUUUCUCUUAUUCGUCGCCCGCACUUCGCCACUGCCUCUUUUCAAAGGCGGAGAGACUUAUCUGUGAUCCAAUAAUUAGCUGGGUCUAUCCGAGGCAGGAUGGACACCACGACUGAUUCAUUGUGACAACCUUAAACUCAUAUGCAUAAUACCAGAGAGGACUGCCACGACUCCUCAUUUUAUGUAGAUCCCAAAGAGCCUGGAUUGAGGUUUGCUUUUGGCAUGGCAGACGUCAGGCAGCAAACAUCUUUAAAUGAACUUAUUUGUCUUUCUUUUGAUAUCCACCCCCCCCCCCCCCCCCAACCCCGAGAAAUCAGACCUGGGUUUUGUAAUGGAGUGCGUCUGUCCAUUCACUCUUUAUUUGUGUUGAUAUUGUUUGCACAUUAAUUUUCAGGGCGUGAUUAAUCAGAAUACCCUUUUUAAAGGAGAGUAGGGUAAGGAUCAAUAAAACGUCCUUGUUUUCUCUUCUGGCAUAUCGGUGGUGUACUGAUUUUAAAUGUCUGGCUGAAAAGGCCACGCCAAAGAGUGCAGCAGUUCAACAGUGGUUAAUUUCUUGGAGUGGAUUGUUUAUCCCCAGUGGGUCAGACACCAGACCCAGCACACUGCUGGUUCUCUUACCUUGCAGUUAAAUAGCUCUCUGGGAAUCUAGCUAUUAUUUUUGACAUUGUGAAAUUAGUGUUUCCUCCUUCUUGCUCUCUGACGCUUUCUCUCUCGCUCUUCCUCUCUCGCUGACACUCAUUUGUUCUGUCUGACACUCAUAACUUUUCACUCUGACUCAUUCUCUCCCUCCCUCUGUUAGUGUCAUUGUCUGACUAAGCCGGUCUGUUUCACAGGCCUUUGAGAUGUGUAUCUGGUCGGGACAUGUCCUUAAGGCUAUCUACAUUUGUCCCAAAGGGAGGGAGACGACCAAUAAUAUAGGUGGCCUUUUAAUCCGACGAACAGCGUGGGCCAGGAGUCACAAACACUCAUAAAAACUCCCCAGCGUUGGAACUGACUGAGUCAUCUCAGUCCAACUCUUAUGAACGUGCUCUUUUCUUGCCACCCGGUAACCGGAAACUUCUGUGAGAGCAAACUUGAAAUUCCCCUGUUUUUUUUUUUUUUGUGCGAGGUAGUUCAUCUUUAGGGGGGAGGGGGGGGCUGUUUUGAAUGUAUUUUUUUAAACUGCCCUAAAAAAAGGUGAGUUUGUGGUAGAGGCCAAAAAUUGUGUGUUUGUGUAGGUAGCUGGUGAACUAGUGCAGUGCGGAGCGUUGAGGUGAAGGCAUUCUGAGAACAUACCCAGGAUCCACACACGGCAUGAAAGAAAGUGCUGUUCUAGCAGGAGCUGUAGUGGUCUCGCUCUUCUCUUUCUCCCAACUGUCGUUCCUCUCUCUCAAGCAGCCAGCCGCACUCUCCGGCUGCAAUUAGGCAAGGUUCAGAGUCUUGCCUCCAUUUCCAGAGCCGGUUGGAUUUGGUGGAGGACAUACACCCCCCCACCACCACAGCGUUAUUAGUGACCUGGGAUAAUUGGAAUGGUUUCGGGGGCUGUGAAACACUCAGGGUCUUGCUCUGAGUGUCUCAGCUCAGCAGAGGAGAGGAGAGGGAGCUCCUGUCUCCUCUUUUUAAAACUACACUUCACAAAGAAGAAGAAAAGAGUGGCCUUAGCAUAAAUCAGGGCGACAGCCACCGGCUAAUGUUACUGUGGGUUAGGAAAUAGAAACGGAAACGUCUGCUCCCCUCUCUCUCAAUCUCUCUCACACACACAGCAGAGCUCUGUGAAGGAGAAAUAGACAACCUCAGCACUUCUGUCCUUCCAGGGGUGUAGUAGCAGUAGUGGAAUGUCAAACGCUCAACUAUGCAGGUGUCUAACACACCGUUUUAGUCAACUCCUGGACUUGAUCUCUUGCCUCUCCUCCUUCAGAGAAAAGGGGUCUCUUUGAUACUUCUUGGGGGGCUCUAGUUUAUAUGUGUGAGACUGAGAUGUGCAACCCCAAUGACACCCUAUUCCCUAUACAGUGCACUACUUUUGAACAGAGCCCCAUGGGCCCUGGCUAAAAGUAGUGCACUAUAAAGGGAAUAGGGUGUCAUUUGGGACUCUGAGAAUCACCUAUAGCGGGGCUUUCUGUUUAGACUGGGUCUGUGGGUUUGUUUUGGUUGAGUAACUGGCCUAUUGUGCCGAGGUCUGGCCAGCUGCAGGGAGCGACCGUAUGAGGGUAGAGCCUCUCCCUCCCUGCCAGGUUUUAUCAUGUCUUCUCUACUUCCUCUCCUUCUCCUUCCCUCCCCCCUUCUCUGUCUCUCCCCGGUGGCUCCUUGAGACGCUGCAGAUUGAGGGGGUGGUGGGGGUGUGCUGCCUUGUAAAACGUCCCCCCUUCUGA